AAUCUAACCAAGAGAACAUGCAAGAUGGCUGCGCCUAUGAGGAAGAGCACUAGAGCUAUUGCUAUAUCUGUACAACUAGUUCGUCAACAUUACAUGAGGCAGCAGGUGCAGGCUAUGGGAAUGUUAUCAUGGGUAGCAGACAAGGUGAGCAUCACUAGGGAUCAGAUGGCAUACCUUCAGAAAGAUGUUGACUGGACCUUAGCUGGCUUACAGAGAAGGAAGAAACUCCAGAGAGAAGAGAAGGAACUUCAGGAUCAGGAGUUUCUUCCAGAGAGACACAAGAUACUCGGUCCAGAUCUUGCUGCAGCGCACUUUAUUGUCGCUCGUGGCGGCGCGGUAAUGUUUGUGGGACAGCAGCGAUGGCACCGCGCUGAUGCUGAGGGGAAAUACCUUCUUCCUGACAAAUAUGUAGCAGGGGUACACGUGGAAGCUGUGGAUGCGUCCUCGACUAGCCUGCGAUAUGAAGGGUUUGACAAUCUUGUCGAUCUUCGUUUUAUAAAGUCACUGAUAUUACGAAACUGUCCACUCAUAGAUGAUUGGUGCAUUGGUCGUUUGCAUCACUACAGUGACUCCCUUGAACACCUAGACGUCAGUGGGUGCCCUUUAGUGACAGAUAGAGGACUUGGAUCUCUUCAUAAACUUAAUUGCCUACGCCACCUCGUCAUGAAAAAAAUGCCAGGAAUCUUACACCUACCACUUGUUACUAUAUUGAUUGAAGAAAUGUUGGUGAACUGUAAAGUAGAGGGUGCAGAUUACACAGACAGUCGCGUGCAGCAGCAGGUGUCAGAGAAGUUUGCACUGUUGCAUGAACAGAGCAAAGUAGAAUGGGAUGAUCAUUCACACCUGCAGGACAACUCUUCAGAAAGUGUUGUUCCACCCACCUUAGUCCGACGGAAGAAGAAGUCUGCUGCUUCAUAACUAGAGAGCACUGAUGCUCGAAACUGUAUGUGAUGCCUGCAUGCACGAAUUGGAUAAGAUAGUCAUGUGACCGUCAUGCUUGCAAUACCAAACGUCAGGUGUAAAAUCUUUCCCUGCAAAUUACUGCAUACUCAUUUGAAUGUUAUUUAAUACAGAAAUCAUCGUCAAGUUGUGUAAUGUAGUCAUAUUAAGUUUAAUGAAUAGUCAGUAAUUGUUAAUUAAUGAAUAAAUUUAAUAAAUAAGGCCAAUUUGUCCGUUCUUUUUCGA